UGACUAACAGGUGACCUGCAGUGGCCAGUACUGCACACGCAUCAGCCGCGUCGCUGGCCACGGAGGCUGUAGCGGCUGCUUCCUGCUUUCGCGGAAGCUGAAAGGAUCGUACACUCCCCUUGAGUGAUCCUUGCUCCGGCCUCGCCUUUCCCACUUGCGCUAGCAAGUAAAGCGCCCUGCUCCAUGGAGAUCCCCCCGUCCCACUACCCAGCUAGGAGAGCAGCCGUCGUAGCUGUGAACUACAUCAACUACCAGCAUGGCAGCCCCAGUAAGAUCUUUAUGUUGCAGGAGGUGACCAAAGCCAGCAGGGAGGACAUUCCUGAUGUUGGGCAUAAAUACCACCUUAAAUUUUCACUGGAAGAUAUCCUCCACAAGGACAAUGCCAUUAACUGCACUGCUGAAAUUCUUUAUCUUCUGAGCAACCAACGUACUGCGCCACAAGUGCAUUUUACAGUGGAAGGAGAAUUUGGGAAGAACACAGAUGAAGCAGAUAACAAAUUUUACAACAGAAUCAAGAGCCUUCAAGAACCGUUGGUUGCACAAAAUAUUCCAGACAAUUAUGGCAACACGUCCCCAGAAAUGGAGCCCAUCAGCCAUCUAGCCCGGGUGGCCUGUGGUUAUAUAAUAUGGCAGAACUCCACUGAAAACACAUUGUACAAUUUGGUUCAAAUCAGAGAUGUCAGGCAGGUGAAAAGAAACAAUGAUUACUUGGAAUUUGACUACACGGUCCUACUUCAUGAUAUUGUUUCACAGGAAAUUAUUCCUUGGCAAAUGCAAGUUCUUUGGCAUCCACAGCAUGGAGUUAAAGUAAUAAAGAACAGCCGUCAGCCAAAACAUGCAGAGCAGGACUAGAAGCAUAUCCAGUAUGGCAAUAAUAGAUGCUCAGAAGCUAUGGUGAUGGAGAAGUCAUAUAUGCAGACAGGUGUAUAGACAGACUAAGUGAUAAACAAUAUCCUCACUCACUCAGUGAAACCCUCUAUUCCUUCCAUUUGUAUUUUACUUCAUGCCCAAACAAAUCAAAAUAAAUGUUAUGUAUUUCUUCUCUGUAGUGUAAAUGCUGUGAUGAAGAUAUAAUAAAAUGUCUCAGUGCUUGGCUAA